AUGUCGUUUGAUUCGAUCUCGUCCGGCGCCACCGGGUGCUUCCCGCGCAGAGCGCACACCAUCACCGCCACUGAUGAGGCGAAAGGGCACACGGUUACGGUGUACAUGCACAGCUUCAAUCCUGAUUGUGACAACGACAAACUUGUUGUUGAAGUUCACAAAAGAUGCACGACAGAGGAGCUGAUCGAGAAAGUGCUGAGUGUUCGGAGUGAACUCGAAGGGCAUUCGACGCAAGAUUUCGAUUUGUUCGAAAUGAUGGGAACUCCUGACGGACAGACGUACAAAGAGCGCCGACUUGAUCCCGGAGAGUACCCGGUCGCAGUUCAAGCAAUCUGGGCCCGAAUGCCAGCUGCUGUCGACAGCGCGACGCCGAAAAACCGAUUCGUGUUCCGACAUCGCGGCUAUCGAGCCGCUGCUGGCAGAACCCGAUUCGGCUCGGCCGAAGUUGCAUCAUCAAUCGAUGCAUUCCUUACCAAAUUCUUAACUCAACCACAGGAUCGUGAGUAUGCUGACCUCUGUAUGCUACCCGAGCUCACCGAACAAACUCUGCUGGACAAUCUUCGCGAUCGCUUCAACAAUGGUCAUAUUUACACCUAUAUUGGUCCCAUUUUAGUAGCCGUCAACCCAUUUUGCUUUUUUCCAAUUUAUAAUCCCAAAUAUGCGCGACUUUAUUUCCAAAGCCGUCGUCUCGGUGCUCUUCCGCCUCACAUUUUCGCAAUUGCCGAUGUUUGUUAUCACAAUAUGCUGCGAAUCAAGGAAAAUCAAUGUGUUGUGAUCAGCGGAGAGAGCGGAUCGGGCAAGACAGAAUCGACGAAUCAUCUGAUGUCGCAUUUGAUCUCGUUGUCUCAGAAAGGGUCCACCGGCUGCAGUACGGAACAGACGCUGCUCUCUGCCGGACCAGUACUCGAAGCAUUUGGGAAUGCUGUCACCUUGACAAAUAACAAUAGCAGUCGAUUCGGAAAAUUCAUCAAAAUCAACUACAGGGAGAAUGGAAUGGUUUCUGGAGCAAACGUGGAGAUUUAUUUGCUCGAAAAAUCGCGGAUAAUCUUCCAAGCGAAAGGCGAAAGAAAUUAUCACGUCUUCUACUAUCUACUGGAAGGUGCCGAUACAGAAGAAAAGCAAAAAUUAUUCUUGUUGAAACCACAAGAUUACAAGUAUUUAAAUCAGAAUGAACCGUUUACUCCGGAAGGUGUCAACGAGAAAAAUGAGUUCGAUCGAUUGCGAUUGGCAAUGAAUUCAGUGGGAUUUUGUGCGAAAACGCAGCAAACCAUUUUCGGAAUCAUUUCGGCCGUAUUACUCCUUGGAAACAUUACCUAUAUCAAGAGACAUGGCUAUCAUAGCGACGAGAGCGGAUACAUUGAGAAUGAAGAAGUCGUCGAUUUGGUCGCGAAACUCCUACAAAUCAAAACCGAAACUUUAAUGCAAGCCUUGACGAUGAAACGACAUGUGAUGAAGGCGGAGACGGUCGUGUUGAGAUACAGCGUCUCGGAAGCAACGAAUACUCGCGACGCGAUGGCCAAAUGCAUCUACAAUUCCCUUUUUCACUACAUUGUUCUUCGAAUUAAUCAAGCACUUCUCAAAAAGGAUUUUGCUGUUUCAAAAGGAUAUUAUAUUGGAAUUUUGGACAUUUUUGGUUUUGAAGAUGUCGGCGCCCAAUGGAAUAGUUUUGAGCAGUUGUGCAUCAAUUACGCCAAUGAAAAACUCCAAUCCUAUUUCAAUCAGCACAUUUUUCAAUUCGAACAAGAGGAAUAUUUGAAAGAAGGCAUUUCCUGGACAAAUAUUGAAUACACUGACAAUACGGAAUGCGUUCAACUAUUCCAGAGUAAGCCUUAUGGAAUUUUGCGAUUGAUCGAUGAAGAGAGUAAUAUCAAUAAUGGAACUGAUGAUUCGAUGUUGGCGAAGCUGAAUCAAUUUCUUAAAAAUAACGAGUACUACGAGACGCCACAGAAGAAAGAGCCCGCAUUCAUUGUGGCACAUUAUGCAGGAAAAGUCAAAUAUCAGAUUACGGGGUUCCGAGAAAAAAACAAAGAUCUGAUGAGACAAGACGUGCUGAAUGCGUUGAAGUCGAGUACCAGUUCAGUCAUGAAAACACUACUCGGAAUUGAUCCAGUUGCUGUCCACAGAUGGAAUGUCGUUCGCAGCGUGUUCCGAGCUAUGAAUGGAUUCAAGCAAAGUGCUAGAAAACUGCAAAAAAGUGAAUCGGCUGGUCACUUGCAUGUUGCCAACUCGAUCACAACCUCGACGCGUCGUGGUUCCGAUUCGGCUCUUUCUGCGUUCUUGCGCGGCGAGCUGCGAUGCGAAGUUCCCGACUUCUGCGAUACGAGCAUGUUCCAAACGAUUCGAACGCAAGCACGACGAACACCAGCGGCCAGCCGAUCGGAUGACAAAAUGAGUAUGCUCAAGUCUCUGCAAAUUCUCAAAGAAGCCAUCGGAGGCCGACGACUCGCCAAGAAGCCGUCGUCGGUCUCCAAGCAGUUCGAGUACUCGCUCACUCGACUGAUGUCGACAUUGGGGAAUGCAACACCGUACUUCAUUCGAUGUAUUAAAUCAAACAAUGACAAGAUUCCGAAUCACUUUGACGACAACAUUAUUCUUCGGCAACUCCGUUAUACCGGAAUGCUGGAGACUGUCCGGAUACGAAGGGCCGGCUAUUCUGUCAGAAUCGAAUACCCGAGCUUCGUCCAGCAAUACCGUAUCCUUUUGCGACAUGGUCGUGAGAGUACGGUAGACGAUGUGAAGGAGUUCAUCGAAUCGCAUCCAUCGGUUGAUUCAGACAAUAUUCAAUAUGGUAUCAAUAAGAUAUUCAUGAGAGACGCUGAAAAGUUGAUACUCGAUGAUCAUCUGCAUAGAACAAUCCUGCAACACAUUGACACACUACAACGAUGGUUUCGAACGAUGCUGGCAAGAAAACGGUAUUUGAAGAUGAAAGAAGGCAUUGUGAAGAUCCAGGCUCUCAUCCGAGGGUCUUUGAUUCGGGCGCAAGUUCGCCGAAAAGCCGUCGCCGCACAGACGAUUCAAAGCAAUUGGCGUCGUUUUCGCGAACAGCGUCGCUAUCAAUUAUUGCGAAAUGCGGUCAUUGCGAUUCAAACAGCUCAUCGCGGAAAUAUGGCCCGAAAACGAUACGAGGAGAUGCCGAAAAACGCGAAGAAGCUUGGAUUCCGCGUGAAAAAGGUUCAAGCUGUUCAAUUGACGACGUUUGAUUUGAACGAUCCCAACUCGUUGGCAGCGUUCGCGAUUUCGGAGGAUGAAGACGAUUCGGACAGCGAUAAUCUGACACAAGAUGGUCUUGAUGAGGAUAUUUCGGAAGGGAGUGUUCUAGCCGACGCGUUUCCGGAAGACGACGACGCGAUCGAUGUCGACGCGACAUUUAUUUUGGAAGACACCAAACUCAAACUAAUCGAAGGCGGAGAUUUGUCGCAUCAUCGUCGGCAGUCGCUAGCGCCGACCGCGUCGACAACGAAACUCAAAAUGUUGCGGAGGGCCAACAGCACCGAAUCCAACAAUUUCUCAAUUGCGAGAUGCGAUGACUCAUUCACGUUGAGCCCAACGAAUUCGAAGAAAAAAGGAGGCGGUAAAUUGGGUUUCCAAAAAGCCAAAAAAAAUCUGAAAGCGUUGUUCGGCCGGAAAGAAGAUGAUGAAGAGCCGUCGCCUGGGCCGAGCAGCGGACCAACUGAACUCUCACCUGACGUGCUCGUCGCCAAAGAGCACCAACUCAAAAUGUCGCGCCUUCAUCGACAGGAGAUUUGCGCCAUCUGCAACCGACAUCUCACCGGUUUUAUUUCUCAAGCUCACAAAUGCCAAAGAUGCAAAAUGUGUCUGCACAAGGAGUGCGCCGCGUUUGCUUCGUCGAUUCCUUGCAAUCCAGUGUCCCCGGUUCGCUCGCCGACUCGUCUCACAUCGCCGAGAAGACCGUGGGAUUUAAUGUCCCACAAACAACGACAAUCUGCAUCUCCGAUACCAACCACUGGCACAUUCAGUCUAACAAAAACAAAACAGCAGACGGAUCCUGGAAAUAUGGUAGUAGAAUCAACAGAUGAUCUUCGCCAAUUCAGUGUGUUCAUCUUCAAUAAGACCACAAAUCUGUCGGGAGAUACGACCAAACGUGAUACCGUAGUUGAUGCGGUCUUCAAGAAAUCUCUUCGAGCAUUUCAUAUGGAGCUUUUGGGAUAUGAAGCAGUCUUAACGGCAGAACAAUCGGUAUUAAAAUAUCGCGAUGUGAUCACAAUGUUCGAAGGUCUUUUGACAAAGGUUUGCAAAGAAGAGAAAGUGUGUUUCCCAACGACAUUGGGAGUCAAUGCAUUCAGAGGGUUUUUGAAUGAAUUCAUGCAGCAUCAGUCAAAAAAGAAGCGAGGAAAGGAGAAGAAUUCGAUGAUAAAGGUUCACGCCGGACAUCGAUUCCGCGCAGAAGUCGUUCACGUGCCAACUUAUUGCGAAGUGUGUAACCAACUGAUUUGGCAUCAUGAGAAGCUUUUCAUAUGUGUCGCAUGUCGAAUUUCAUGUCAUAAAAAGUGCCAUCCGAAAGUGACACAUGCAUGCCAAAUGAUGGGAAAAACGGUUGAUCCUCAAAAAUCCGGCGGCCGAUUCUUCGGAGCUUGUCUCAAUUCAAUCGUGGAUGAUGAGCAUUCGAUUCCAGUUCUUCUCGACCGACUGUUUUUCGCUAUCGAAACUCGCGCAUUAUUUGUGGAAGGUGUCUACAGAAAAAGCGGCUCAUUGACUCAAGUGCGCAAUAUGAGAAGAAUAAUUGAAUCGACGUCCGAUGCCGAUGCUGUGAAUUUGGAAGAUGUCGGAAUUCACGUGCUUACAACUCUCGUCAAAGCGUUUUUUCGCGAAUUGACCGAGCCUUUGAUUAUUCACGAUUUGUAUGAGAAUUUCCUGAAUGUCUCAGAAGUUCAAGACGUCACCGAACGAGUUCGAUGCCUUUCGGUUAUGAUUGAGCUGCUUCCAAAAGCGAACAGAGCUCUUCUCGAUCGCCUGAUGUACCAUCUGGCGAGGGUUGCAGACCAGGAAGCUGUCAAUAAGAUGGGAUGCAACAAUCUUGCAUUAAUCUUCGGACCAUGCGUCUUGAGAAGACAAGACUCUGCUCAUGCUCAAGAGCAACUCAAUGACGUUGCAAGACAGACGGGCUGUGUUCAGACGCUCAUCGAGGAGAAACUUAGGCAAUAUAAGGCAACUCUACACAACAUUGUCGAGUUGGAAGACGCGAGUCAUAAGGUCACCGAAAAUCUUCGGAAAAUCGAAGAACACCGCCGUAACAGUGAGCCAUCGAAAACUCCAAACAUUGGAACCGCAAAAUUGCUCUUCGAAGAGCAACUCGAGUUCUUGGGAAAACAGAAGGAACGUCUUCUACAAGAGCUUCCACCAUUGGCACCGGUCGCAUCGUCAGAAGACCUUUCAUCUUCCGAUGAAAACGCGAUUGCCUCAAAAUCGCUUUCCGUCGAAGAAUACGCACUCGAUCUCGAUGCGCCGCCAGUUUUUUGUCUUCUUCGUUAUCCGACCAAAAAUCGUGCCCGUGGACCAUCAAAUCGACGCAGUCCUGGAUGGGUCGUUCAACUACAAAAACAACAAACGAUUUUUGUAUAA